AUGGACCCCACGGGCAGCCCCUGCCUGAGGAGCCCCCCGGGCCCGGCCCCACUCUGGGAUGGCCUGCGGAACGCCCACGCCGAGGGCCGCGCGGCCUCGGGGCCGCCCCACUGCCCGCCGGCCGCGUUCUCCUUCCGCCAGAAGCCAGACUUCCUGGCCUCCGCGGCGGCGGCGGCGGCGUACCCAGACUUCUCGGCCUCCUGCCUGGCCGCCGCCCCGCACAGCUUGCCCCGCGAGCAGCGCAUCUUCACGGAGCAGCACCCCGCCUUCCCGCAGCCGCCAGACUGGCAUCUCCCCGUCCCUGAGGUGCGGCAGAGGCCACAUCCCGGCCCCGUGGGGGGCCCCGGGGAGACUGUGGCCAGCAGCCCCGGCCUGGUGGAGGCCGCAGGAGGCCCUGGCGAGGACUGCGGAGUGCAGGGGAGCUCGGCCGGCGACGCAGAGAGGACGCUGUGCAGGCGGAGGAAGGCGGCGGCAGACCUGCAGGAGCCCCGCGGGAAGGCCCGCAAGGAGAGGACAGCCUUCACCAAGGAGCAGCUGCGUGAGCUGGAGGCCGAGUUUGCGCACCACAACUACCUGACGCGGCUGCGCAGAUAUGAGAUCGCCGUGAACCUGGACCUCUCCGAGCGCCAGGUCAAAGUGUGGUUCCAGAACCGGAGGAUGAAGUGGAAGCGGGUGAAGGGGGGCCAGCCCGUCUCCCCCCAGGGUCAGGACAUUGAGGACGGGGACUCCCCAGCCUCUCCCAGCUCAGAGUGAGGACUGUCCUGGCU